AGUUGUAGUUGCACUAAACCCAUUUUCAUUUUCAGGCUAGGUGAACAAUUGAAGGCCUUUGAUGGUUUGAUGGAAGUCAGAUGAUGCCUCUAAAUGACAGAACAGUGCUGGAAAUAUUUCAAUACCAUCGUGCUCCUACUGCACUGUUCUGAAGAAGGGUUCAAUGCCAUGGUAUUUCGUAAUAUGUCCAAAUUCUACGAAUUCGGGCCAACGGGUUUUGGUGAAAAAAAAAGAGUCUAAGUCGAGCGAAUCUUGUACACAACCAAUCAUUCAGAAGUGUUCAAGACUGACAUCUCACCCCGAGUUAGAUUCACUUUAUCCGUAGCACAAACUCAUAAGCCUUUAUAUUACUUACCGUCACUUGUCUCCUUCUUUGAAUUGACAUGAUUUUUGAGGAAGGGGGAAAUGAUUUCAAGUACAGUGGUAAUGAUAAUUGCCUCGUACCAAGUAAGUGCCCCAAUGGAGACGUUGAACAGGGGCAACUCCAUAUGAAUAAUCUGACACAUACGCACGGCCUCAUAACACAUGUCCCUGAAUGAGUGUUCUAUUUUCGUCCGUUUCGUACAUGUAGUCGAGUACCAGUAUGCCGUGUAAUAAUAACAUAUUGGCUCUCGCAAAAAGCACUGAAGCUUCAUGAUGUCCAAAGUUGCUAGAUUCCCAUUCGGAUGAUGAGAGAAAACUUGGGCCAAUGCCAUAAUGCUGCAUUGAUGGCAAUUACGGAAGGAAACCUUGUAUUAACUUUAUUCCCAUACGGAAUGAACCUACCCGUCUUCCCAGACAAUCGUAUUGGACAAAUAGUUCGUUAGGCCGUGUAGGCACAAUCAAACACGACUUUAUCUUCGACGGUUCUCCUGGGUUUGUUCUACUGCAAGGGGGUUUCAUCAUCAUCUUCAUCAUCAUCAUCACCAUCAUCUUGGUACCCUUUCCUACGCAUCUGGGUGUAAUAACGUUUGGUUGUUGGAAAUUGCGCGUGUGUACAUUCCCUUCACACAAUGGCGGGUAGUAUGUACAGGUGCUCGUGCAUGCGAGAUGUAGGUACAUGUAACGUGCUACUACGGAGUAAUGAAGUGCGUAAAGAGCGCUAGCUGCUAGGCAGACAUCAUCAUUACGAAUAAUCAUGAUGCCAAUGAUCGCUUACUUACAUACGAACAUACUUGAGUUACUCGGAAUAACAUCCCCUCCUCCUCCCCCCUCUAUCCCCCUGGGUUGGUGGCGUUAGUGUUGCUGUUGGUGUUGGAUGCGUUCGAAUAUCCUCAAUGAAGAUGAUGUCAAAUCGCAUACCCGGCAAAUUAGAAGCAAUCUGUCGAGACCAAUAAAUGGGAUAGAAUCCAAGGAUCAGAAUCAGUCGUGUCUCAAGUCUCUUCGAACCAACAACUCUACCAUGAAGUCAGUUGUGCUCCUUCUGUUGCCUGCUUGCCUCUUGCCAGCCUUGGCCAAGGCCCAAAACCUCGCCAAGUACGGAAUCAUCGAUCAACAGGCGCCCUUGGGCACGUAUGGGUUCAAUAAUAAUAAUAAUAAUAAUAAUAAUGGCAACAAUGGCUUUGGGAGUGGAUCCAACAAUGGCAACAACGGCUUGGGAGGAGGGCUCAAUGGGAACAAUAAUAAUGGUAACAAUGGCAACAAUGGCUUUGUGGGCGGGCUCAAUGGUAAUGUGGGGAUCGGCGGGGUGAGUGGCCCAUCAGUGGAGGAAGUGAACCUAAAGAUGCUCCGUGGAUCCGUUCCCGGGACGCCCGGCGUGGAUUAUCCAAUUUUCUCUCAAGCUCCAAUCACCAAUUUCGAUUGUAGCGACAAGAUAUUUGGCGGUUAUUACGCUGAUGUGGAUGCUCAAUGUCAGUCCUUUCACAUUUGCGGACGAGAUGGUGGACAGGGAUGGUCAUUUAUUUGUCCCAAUGGAACCAUUUUCAACCAGGCCUACCUCAUUUGUGAUUGGUGGUUCAACUUUGAUUGUACUCAAGCGCAAGCCUUCUACAAUGUGAACCUUCAACUAGGCGUUAUUCCCUUUGGAUCGACUACCACCUUUAUCAAUGAUAAUGGUAUUGGCAAUACCAACAACAAUAACAAUGGCUUUAGAAACAACAACAACAACGGCUUCGGUAACAACAACAACAACAACAACAACAACAACGGUUUUGGAAACAACAACAACAAUAACCGACCCAUCAAUAGCUACGGAUCCCCCAUAAGAACCACAGUCUCGACGUUCACCAACAAUGCUCAGCCCACAAUUAUUAAUAGAAACUUGCCCAACAGCAACAGCUUUAACAACAACAACAACAACAACAACGGAUUUCUGUCCUCGAACAAUCCCUCCUUGACCACCUACACUAAUAAUAACGGCCGAUCAAACCAGGGCAACACCCUGAACAACAACAACAACAACGGGAUUACCAUCGUGGACGACACAGGCGAUUAUGUGUAUUCGACCGACGAUGUGAUCUACGACGACGAUCUCACGAAUUUCAAUGGCAAUAAUGUAAGGGCGGUUGAAAGAGNUUAUGUGUAUUCGACCGACGAUGUGAUCUACGACGACGAUCUCACGAAUUUCAAUGGCAAUAAUGUAAACGGCGGGGGAUCCGGGGUGCAAACCACCACCACUAUCAUUGAGCCCGUGGGCCAAAAUUACGGCGUGCCUUUGGGCAAUCCCAUCGGCGGGAACUCUCUUCGACAAGGGCGGGCCCAAAAGCGAAGAAAUCGUAACCGAUCCUAA